UACUAUUUUUACUCCACUAUCAAUAACGCGGCGACUACCCAAGUACAAAGACUAGAACUACACAAAGACUAGGAAACAGAAAAAAGAUGUCAACAUCUUCCCGUAUCCUGAACUCUUCGUGCCUAGGCCUACUGAAAGUAGGACCAGGACCACGUCUUGCAGCUCUUAUGGCCGCUGCACCUGCCUUGAUUGACGCUGCUGGCUUCCUCUCUGGGUCUUCUUUCUCAGGAGGUGCUUCUGUCUCUCCUUCCUCAGGAGGUGGUGUGUCUUUGGAUCCACCACAAGAAAGUGAGGAGGAUAAAAACAAACGUCGUGGGGAACGUAAGGACGAACUCCGCAAGCUGGUCCUCUCUGCUCUCGAGUUUAACAACGUGACUGUCAAGCAAGGAAGAGAAUUUGACCCAAUUCCAAAAAAUCCGCAUGGAACUGUCGCUGAUGAUAAGUUCACGCUGCCGACUCCCUGGGUCUCUACGUAUCCUCGCGACGCGAAGGACACGAGAGCUUGGAUGGUUCCCUAUGGCAUCUUCACUCUGCAAACAAUCGAGGGCUUUAAUCUUGAAGGAGAUCAUGAAAAAUUGCAAAUCUUUCUGCGCCUGACUGAUGAACAAAAAUCUCUGCCCCUGGCUAAGAAACAAGAGCCUGAGUUCUGGAAGACACUGCUGAGAGAUGCGGCCAUUCCUCAAUCUCAGGGAGAUGAUGAUGCAGCAGGAGCAAAAAAGAGUGGAGAAGAAGGGUCUGGCUCUGCGCUCGUGGAGGUCAUCAAGAAUGUAAAAUACAACGGCAAAGACGUCCACGACGUUUUGGACCUACCCAUCCAUGUCAUGGAUACUUUAAAAGCUGGCAUUGGCCACAAAUUGCUGGAUUCGGCUAAAUUUGCAUCUACUAGAGAAGAUGAUGAACACUGGCAGAAGGUGUUUUCGAUUUUGCGUCGCUUUCCUGAAAUGGCGAAUUUCUCGGCGAAUGGCACAAGGUACACGGCCUUGAUGCAAGCCGCGACGCAGCACAACUUUGAAGCUGUCAAAAGUUUGGUGAACACUUACCACGCUUCUAAAGAGACGGUGAUAACGACGAAGGUGUCGCCGAUGAAACCCGGUCUCGUCUCUCACUCUCUCCGCAGUCUCGCUAAUAAAUUGUCGCCAAAAGUCCGCAGCUUUCUCUUUCCCGAGGAUCACGUCAAAUUGACCUUCGACAGCUCUUAUGACGGUGUGAACAGAGGAGUAUCGGUACCAUUGGGUAAAGAAGUCGCACAGGCUUUAGCAGGAGGCUGUUCUCAAGGCCGCCCCGGGCCGCCCGUUGCUGAGUUGCUCAAGAUCGAAGUCCAAACCUUGCAGGAACUACUCGCGGCUGCGCUCAGCGAGCCUUCGGUCAAGAUUCUGCAUCCUACAACCAAUGUGGCUCUAGAGAAAACGGAAUACAUCGACCUGUGCGAGGUUCUGGAUACAACUAGCAAUGCCCGACCCGUAGUUGUUGUACAACGUCAAGAUGAUCAAGAACAACCACAAAGUGCUACAACGACUCCGACUCCACAAAAAUUAACUACUCCGAAGAAGCUGUUGUACAUUCUCGUUGUAGAGGGUUAUGACGAUAAGAUUUUGCGGGACUUGCGCAACAAGCCGUACGAUUCCGUGACGCCGAGCACAGAGGUUGGGAACGACGACAACAUUAUGGGAAAUAUCACUAGCAAUAACUUACGCUUGACGCCUCGCUGGAACGCUCAAGGCAGCCGCUGCAGCAAUAAAGGCGCUCGUGGUGGUAGGGGAGGAGGAUCCGGUGCUCCUGUUCCUCCUGCUGAAGGAGUAGAUCAAUCACAAGAAGCUGCAGGAGCAGCAGUCCCACAGAAAGAUGAAGAUGGAGAACAAAAAUACGUGACUGAAGAAACCCAUUUGCAAAACCUAGAGACGAUGGGUGUUGUGGUCACGAUGAAAGGAAACGGUGAGAGCUCUGACCCCUUCUAUACACAACACGAACAGAAGGGGUCUAUCGUCUAUGAGGCUGAAGACGCAGUUUACUUGCCGAUGUAUGCAGAAGCGCUGCGAAAGCUUUUCCCAAGACUGGCAGACUUUGGGUCAACAGAAGAAGAAGCCGAAGCGAUUUUUGAAGACGCCAGACAGCGCUUAGGAAAAGAGAACUCCGAGAUCGAGGAGAUCUUUAAUACUCGAGCCAAUGGAAUAACUAAGGGUCGUAAGAAUCUGGCGAUGAUUCCAAAGAAAACUUGGAUCCGUUCUCUGAAAGACAUUGUGGAGAAAUUGCAUCAAGCAGUUGUGCGGGACCACGCUAAGGGAGACGAUGUGAGCGAGAAGAAUCGUGUGCAGGUCAUCUUUAACGUCGAGUCCAGUGGGGACCUGGCGCAGCCCUACAAGUUUUCAGACAUCGCCACGGUGAUUACGUUCGGGAUGACCUUUCAAAUUGGUAACCUGGCUUUGAAACGCCUUCUAAUGCGAUGGCAAUCUACUGCAGCGACAGCUGUCGACGAGCUUACCGCAUUGGGCCCGAAUCCCUUUAUUCUCAGUAACGAAAAAGGUGACGGAAGGAUCCUCUUACAAAGUGAAAUGACAUCUGCCAAGUCCGCCACAACACAACAGUUAAUCGCGGACAACCGUGCAAUGCUGAGCGGUGUGAUGCCCCUGCUCGGUGCCAUGUUCAGCGAUCCAGAACUUUCCGCUUGGGAAGCGCAACCGAUGCACAACGCCGUCAUUGUCGGCGUGAACGAGAAAUUUUUACCUGGGAGUACACGACCCGCGCCUUAUCAUCUGAAGAUCAUUUCGAGUGCUUACAUCAUCCGUGAAAAUGCUGAGGGACACCGUGUUGGGCCGAACGUAGUCGAGCCUAACACUGCUCAACAACAACAACAAAAGUCCGACAACGCCAUUGCGGAUCCUUUCAAAAAACUCGGUGAAAUCUACAAAAACAGCGAGAAGCAUCCUGCCCAUGUCGUGUUAUUCUACAACGAUUAUCCACUCAAGUUAAGGCUCAAGAACAAGAAUUUAAUUGUUACAAUUCAUUUCUACAAGUGUAAGCAAGUGAUUCUGAAUCUGAAGGAGUAGAUUUCAUUCUCCCUGUUGUAGUUUAUUGAUCCAUCUUAGGACGACUGGGAGAAAUGGGGGCAAGAGCUUCAAAAAGAAUAAUAAAAAUGAACAAUGAUUUUAAAUUGGGCUCUAAUGAAAGUGAAUGCAGAUGAAGCACCCUCAGCAACCGCAAAAAGUUCAGGGUUUGGUCCGAAACCGGGUCAAUUUCUUGCAGCCAUGACGCACUUUGCGGACAUGAAGCGACUCCGCUGGGCCUCUUUCGCUCAGUUGCGCACCUUUUUCGAAGCCCUGUUAUCCGAAGAAGAAUUCCAAGACUGGGAAAAACGGAGAGUGGACAAGUACCGAAAGGCUGGCAUGCCGUAUGAUCGACUCUAUCCUGAAGACCAGGUUGAAGGGCAUGUCGAUGCUGGCAUUUGUCAAGCUGGGGGAGCACGACGAUUGCAGAAGAAGGGCCUUUAAGAGUCCUACUAACUAAGGCCCUUAGGCUGGAAGGCCCUUAAGCUGUAGAACGAGACGCUGACAAGGAGAAGAAAACGUUUUCACUUCUACAGCCUAGAAGGGUCGUGAUAUUUAACUACUAAGUUGCUGGAUGCUGCUAUUAGAGAAACAGACCGCAGACGAUCAUGCUAUCUGAAGCCCACUUACAAAAAUUACAUAUUUCUACAACAUUUCAAACGACAGAAACAAAAUUAUUUUCCUUUUGUUUUCUUCGUUAGGUCUAGGUGGAUCCACCACGGAGCGCUGACAUUAUUUGUUGUCUGUCUGUUUCGUAGUAUUAUACUCCAUGAUUAUCAGUAAUUGUGAUUAUUUGGGUCGUGCCCUUAAUGGGUAGAUUGCUACUAAAAAUUCUAUUAUAAUUGAAGGCGUCCUCAUCAAGCCUCUCUUGUCUCUACGAGAGUCUCCUCUCUCUACAAGAGUUGCUGCAGGACGAGAAGACGUACUAAUGUUCAUCAUCAUGGUGCCGAAUAGAUUCAACAAGUCAUCAUAUAUGUAGAAAAGUGGUGACUUGGUCUUACUUCAUGCGAAGACAAGUGUACUACUAACUAUGUUGUAUUCAUUCUUCAUCCCAGACAUGAUGAGGUGGUAUGCAGCGAGGUAAGACGAAGAGCGAAUGAGACUUUUUAAUAGACAAGCGGAGCUAGUCUAACCUUGAAAGUCGCACUAAGGUUUCCUGGUGGGUGAUUUGACAAGAAGACGCGCGAAGCGCCUGAUGCAGAAGCUCAGGACGUAGUAGCUUCGAGAAAGAGGUAGAAACACAGUCAUACAUAGUGGGAACACAAGCUAGACAUAGAGGUUUGUGUGAGACUUGGUCUAAACACACGAAAACCGACUUCAUAUUCAGGAAGUUCAGCACGUAAGCUACUGUCGUGAGAAAAGUAGACUACGACUACGCGAUAAGUAAGUUUUUUCCAAGAUCUUCAAAGAUGGUUCCUUGACAAGGGAGGUGAGAAAAAAGAGGAAAUGCGCAAAGCAGCAAGUGGGUGGGUCAAAAAAGGAAGAAGGUAAAACAGGGGAGAAAGACGCCGUUAGGGGAGAAAAAGGCGAGAUCUUCCGAGAUAUUUCUUCUAUUUGAGAAAACGAAAAAUAGCUGAAAACAAAAAGCUUUCUAGAAGAGCAGCAAAAGGAGGAGCUCUUUGAAAGAUAGAUGUGUCUUCAGUGUUUCUCAGUUGUCGUCCGUAGAUGCACUAGUUUCUGAAAAGAGGCUCCGAGUCUCUAUUUCUGAAAGUGAAGUAGAGAGUGUAUGGGAAAGAGGAGAGAGAGCAGUUUUUGAAGAAGAAUCACAUAGGAAACGUUAGAAAUCUAGUAGACGAGAAGAGAAGAAGGAGAAAGUCGUGCAACUGAGACCCAGCUUGAAAGAAGAGCAUUAGACAUGAUUUCAUUCAAAAAAUCGAAUUCACCUCUUAUGGAGGGGAUCGAAAAGUCGAGUUCAGCUCUUUCCUUCGACAAAUCGUAUCUUGGCGAUUUGAUCGAGCUUCAGGCUGUUCUUGAGUCUUCACCCCUGCUGCCGUGCCCGAUGGGAGGAGGAAAACAGAGUGGCGUGAACGCGAUCAAAGGGAAGCAGGCUCCGUACAGGAGCAGAAGCAGACAGUCUCAGCUCGAGGUGAUACCACGAAGUUAGUGAGAAUGACGCUGGCGGAGCGACAGGAAAAUUCUGCCUGUCCGGGUAACCCCCUCCUUUGCGCCUGUGUUUGGAAUCGGCCGGUUCGUAGGCAAUUAGGGCAUCGUGGUAGAAGAAGGCUGAUGGACUCCACCCAUCGCCGUCAGGCACACCGGACAUCACUGGGGUCACCCUUUCGGCGAUCUUGGCCGAAAAAAAAAGUAGGGCCUCUAAAUCUGAAUCUGUCACAAUAUUCGGGAUUCUUGUUUACUCGAAGAUUCAUUUUGAUUAACUAGGAGAUAUUUUUAUUUUCAAAAAUUCUACUGUGGUUCUUGGACGAUAAUUUUGUAGCGAGAACUAUUUCCAUCAUUUUCAUCCCUCACCUCGUCUUCUGCAGAUCUCAUUUCAGAACGUGUAACCAGAUGAGACGAUUUUUAUGAUUAUGCCUGUACCUAUAUAUAAUCUUUUACCUACUAUGAUCCUUUCUUUUUUUUUCCUAGUUAGCUUGGCUCCACCUGUAUUAUGCCUAUUUUGUCAGGAGUACUACUAGCAUAGUCAUAUCAUCUUCAUCACAUUACGGAAAACGUAAACGUUUGAGCAUCGCAUAACGAUCUAUUUUCGUCUGGAAAAGUUGAAACUGAUUUUUUGUCAUCGCGGAAACUCACUAAAUUUUUUUGGCACUGAGUGACUUCUAAUGGGAUUCUUCACAAGAAGAACUCUGUCAUAUCAACAUAAGUUUACAAAAGUCGUCUCUACUCUUCUACCGCCAGACAUUGUGCUUCAGAAAGUUCGACAAGAACAAACAACUUAUCUAUUUUAGGCGAUAAUUCACGAAUUUCAC